AUGAUGGCAUCGCUAGCAGACACAGCUAAUACGACGAUGACGAUUCCAGUUCGUAAGGAAUGUAUUAAAGACACAAAUGUACAGUUAUUAUUAACGAAGAUUGAUAAUUUGGAAGAGAUGAAAGGAAAAGUUAGUGAAACGCUGCUAAGUGUUAUUGAUAAACGGAUAGCAUAUCCCAGGAUGAUUACUUCAUAUAUUUCUGAAGCUGGAAAAUUCAGAAUGAAAAGAAUAGAAGAGGCAGAACUAGUUUGGCAAGCAGAAUCUCUGGGAAAAAAGGAUGUUGAAAAGAUGCUAGAGUUGAUUAAUAAAAUGCAAGAAGUUGAGAAGGAAAACGAUGUACUUCUACAUCGUAUUGAAGAGUUGAAAAGACAAAACAAUGAACUUGAGAAAACAGUGAAAAUGAACGAUGAAAUUAUCAGGAACAUGGUCUUUUGA